AUGGGCAAGGGUAUAUUUAAUGACAAGACUUUUACUGAGGCAAACAUCCACUUGCUUUCUCAAGUCUUGGCUUUGGAGAAGUUCGAAUAAAACCAGAGAAUCAUUUAGUUAGGGGAGAAAGGAGAUAAGUUUUAUCUUAUACUAAAAGGAAGAGUGAGUGUCUGGAUUGAGGAUAAAGAGCCGUUGGAAAUGAGAAGAAGCAUCAUUAUGAGUAAUGCCAGCACAUCUAGCCUUGGAAAGUUAAAUUCCAGUGUUAAAAAAUGGGAUUUUGUAAGGCAUGAGCUUCUUGGCUAGUUUAAGUUAAGUGAGUUUACGAGAUAUCAAUAGUUAAAUCCAACUAUCCAGACGACAAUGAAAUCUAUGGACACAAUAAAUGAUAAUGAUGUUUCAUAGUCUAAAUAGAGCCACGAUCUUAAGGAGUAAUCAUUGUCUUAAUUACAGAAGUAGAAGCUGAAAGUAGUAUCUUAUUUAGGCUCAAUGAAAACAUUUGGAGAGCUGGCAUUUCUUACAAACCAGCCUAGAUAAGCAACAAUCAUAGCUGAAUAAGAAACUUACUGCGCUACGAUUACAAAGAGAGCUUAUAAAGAUGCUAUCAAGGCAACUCAUAUUUUGAAUAAGGAUAUGAUAGUAGAGUUUAUAAAGCAAAUGCCUAUAUUCCAGAGAUAUAGCAAGGGCAACAUUAAGAAAUUAGCUAGAAUGAUGAAAUCUUAAAAAUACAUGAAAGAAUAAGUAAUACAAAAGGAAGGUGAUACCGAUACAAAAUAUAUGUACAUUAUCUAAGAAGGUGAAUUCUCUAUUUAUCAAAAAUAACCUGAGCAUAUGUAAUUAAUGACAAAAAGUGCUUUAAAUACAAGUACUGAUCACAGUAAAGAUUAUGGCCAAUAGUUGGCAAUCUAUGGCAAAGGGAAUAUCGUCGGAGAGGAAUAGUUUUUAUUUGCCAAAACUAAAGCAUCUCAUACCAUAAUAUGCCAUACUUAGCCAGGGCUACUCUAUAAAAUAGAUCUAGUUGAAUUGAAGAAGAAUUUUGAGUCUCACUAAGAUAUUGUAUAAAACUUAAAGUAAAUGUAUACUGAGAGAUAGCAAUAAUACUAAGCAAGAAUGCAAAAGCUUCACAAAUAGAUUAGAAACAUUAAUUUUGUCCAAAAUAAUAUGCUAAUUGAAUAGAACAAUAAAGAUAGAGAGAAGAUAUUAAGCAAAAAGCAGAUUGACUAUAGCUUGCUUGAAAAGUACACUUAGGAAGAGAUUAUUACUGAGAAAUACAGCUAGCAGCUGAUUAACUAGUUUCCUUAUGUCAACUUAAAGUCGAUGAAAAGAGCUAUGAGUAAAGAUAACUUGAACUAAGCAGAUGAUGGGGAGAGUUUAAACCUACUAGAAAGCUUUGAAAAAUCUCAUCGUAUACUUAACAAGAGUGUGAAUAGUCUAAGAGCCAUCAAGCAGUUGAAAAACUUUACUAGUAACGUGAAUAAACUGAACAAAACCCUUAUAAACUAAACUUAAAAUAUGUAUAAGGAGGAGCAGAUGAGUAAAUUUAAGGUGCAAUUUUACAACCAAAGCAAUAUGAUAUAUGAAUAUGUGAAUUAGCAGAAGAUUGAUGAUAUUAGACGCCAGGAAUACAAAUAGAGAAUAGAUUUAAUUGAAGAAAGGAAGAGACAAAAGGAUCUUGAGGCUAAAAAAUUCAGGUUAAAGCCAUACUGGCAGUAUAACAGAGAAAAACUGCUUAUUAAAAACAUAGUUAAAGAAGAUACUUCCUCAAGACUAUCUAGGCAGCAGACUUAAAUUUGA